UGAUUCAAGUUUGGGUAUAAGUUUGGGGUUAAAAUCAAGUUGUGGGUUAGUUUUGGAAAAAACCCCUCAUAAAAUUCCAAAAUUUUUAAUGUAUUUUUAUUACAUGCGAUUAAUAUUAGAGUAAACAACAAUAUAAAUGGAUUAGCAAAAUUAGCAAGCGUCUUUAGAAUUCUAGUUACAAAAUUGGGGUAUACAAGAACUGAAGUCAUUUCAGACAACUUGAUCUUAAAGUGGAGUUUGUUAAAAAAAAUCUUAAAGUGGGAGUUAAUUAUAUAUGAAAGUAGAUUUGCAAAAGAAAAGCUGUUUUCUUACUUCAUGGAAUGGUAAACAAGAGUACGAAAAACUGUAAUGUGAAAUCUGGUGACCUUUUACGGCCACAAGUGACAAGGCUCACAAUACGAAUAUCUGAGGUUAUAAAAGCCAACUCUUUCUCUCAUCUUAGGCUCAAAGUAAGAGAGCAAUUCCACUUAAACUUAUUUGUAUCUUUCUGAAUAGAGAUAGAGUGAGACAAUGGGUGCUAGUACUUCUUCACCAACCCAGAGAUUUUCGCUGAACGACCUCCGUUUCAGGAGGCCACAUACACCUGGCGUCGAGUACGAGAUUUCUCCUUACAAAGUUAGUCCCUUAAUUGUGGAAAUGAAGAAAAAGAACCAGUGGAAAUCUCGGUUCAAUGCUCUCAAAGACACAGACAAGCUGCUGGUGAUCGAGUUCACGGCCAAAUGGUGUGGACCAUGUAAAUCACUUGAGGCGAAGCUUGAAGAAUUAGCGGCCAAGUACACUGAUGUUGAGUUCGUGAAGAUUGAUGUCGAUGUGCUAAAGAGCGUGUGGAAGGAGUACAACCUUCAUGCUUUGCCUACGGUUGUAUUCAUGAAGAGAGGUCAAGAAGUAGACAGAGUUGUUGGUCUGAAGCUUGAUGAGAUAGAGGGAAAGCUCCACAAAUACGCAUACUCCUUUUGAAAAAUAUGAAGCUUUAAGAAUCAAUGUCUUAUUAUUCCGUUGAGAUAGAUUUCUCAAGAUCUAUGUGUAGCAAGAAUUGAAAGAAGAUAUUCCUUUUUAUUAAUAUUCAAUAAUAAUGUCACGUCGUCUA